GAAAUAGUGCGCAUGCGCUCAGAAGAAGGUUCGAAAGGUCAAAUUUGAAUUUCAACUGCGUUUUUUCUGCAAGAGGUUAGGAGGUAGAAGAUGGCGACUAACUCGCGCAUCAACAGCCACAAGAGCAAGUCUGGCUCCCGUGGCAGAGGGCUAGGGACUCGAGAGGCCCGCGCCAGAGUCAAGGCCGCCGAGAGCAAAUCCGCACGUGACGCCCUUCUUCUGGAGAGACGGCGAAUACCGCUCAGUGAAAUACAGGAGCAGCCGAAGAAAAGAGACGAGGGAUCUGAGCUGCGACUGCAGCGGCUCCGAGAGUGGAAGGCCAAAAGAGCCGAGGCAAGGGAGAAAGAAAAGGCAGCGAAGAAGAAACCGUUUUACGGAGGAAAACUAGUAGUUACCACCACUGCCGCAGUCUCCAAGCCUCGCUCGGGGGCAGCGAACACAGCGCCCGGAAGAGCGGGGAAAUCAAGCGCCGCAGCAGUUUCAAGUAGUGCAGCAACUGAUCGGGCAACGGAGAAACCUGGCACCACAAGAAAACGACCCGUUGGUUUAGAGACGGCGGCAAAACCCGAAACUAGUGGAAGUGACACUAUUUCUGGCGACCAAACUGAGUCAAACGAUACGGCUUUGGUCACGAGCGAAGACACUCAACCAAAGACAACCGCACAAAAGGCGAAAGAACGAAAGGCGAAAGGCGGGAAGAAAGCUGCAACAAACGCCGCCAAACCGCCGAGACCACCUCCCCAGAUCUCCACAGCAUCGCGAGCUUCCAAGAGAUUAGCAUCCGAGAAUCAGCCGGCGAAUGAUGCGGGAGCCUCUCGUAAACACGAUGGCAGCUCCGUCAAAUCGAAAGCGAAACUUGAGCCUCCGAAACCAUCUGCAGGGAGAGGAGGGAAGGAAGUAAAGACUGGUGAAGGGGAGAAGGUAGGGAGGGUGACCCGUAGCACUACUGCCACUGCAUCUGGACGAGGUGGUGCCGCCGUGAGGGAGGUAGGGGUUAAAAAGACUGGGAAAGCCGGGAAGAAAAGGGUUAACACCGCCGAGUCGUCUGGUCUUGCGACAACGGGGAAGAAGAGGGUUAAAUGUGACUCGACGCCCGUCCACACCAAACUGAGCUUUUCGGACAGUUCAUCCGAAUUCAGUUCAACUUCUCCUCCUCUUCCUCCCUCAAUGAACACCACUACUAGCACUGUCGACCCUGUACCCGACUGUGCCUGGGUCGCACCGCGGCACGUUUCAAAUCGCCCGAAUCCUCACCUUGCGUUGUCCGCUCUUCAAAACAUCGACGAUAUCUUGGGUCCGUGUGCCUUCAGCCCCUUCAAGUUCACGGCCCGACAAGCCACUCCGGGCAACGCUAGUCAAUCGAAAAAACGGCGGGAAACUCCCGGGGAAAAGUUUGCUUUCAGUUUCCGAAUGACGACCGAUCGAAACCCGUUUUCUCUGCCGGCGGAGACGACGUGCAGUGAUAGAGCUGCACAGAGUGGCGACGUCACGUUUGACACAUUGUCUGUUGACUCGCUGGAUUGCAACGAUGCUCCUAAAGAGACAGUAAGAAGGCCGCGGAGAGUGCGAUGUGUGCAUCUGAAGCUGUUAAUACCGAGACAGCCGGAGAGGAAGCGAGGUACGGAACAGCGGGGGAAAGAGAUGGCGGCGUUGGGGGAGAGAAGACGGGCGAAGAGAGUUUGGAGGAGGGUCUCCAAAAGGACCGUCCAAAAUGUGGGGGUGGGAGGGGGUCAAAGGUCACUUGGGGUGGAGGCAUGGUGUGGGGGUGUGGUUUCUAGUGUCUGUGGGAAGAAGGAGGAGGAGGAAGAGGAGGGUGUCCAAAAUGGAGACCCUAUCACUUCUGAGGGCACUGCCGGUGGUGGUACAGACUUUGUCUAUUUCCAUCGUCUCCACGACGACGUCGAGACCCACCUGGCGACCCAGUGUUCCGUGUGGAAGGAAAAGAGCGAGUCUCUAGAAGCUCUCAUUCAGGAGGAGACUCAGAGCCAGGAAGAUGCAGCUCAUCUGGUUGAAGCUGUGGAUGGGAUCCGUGUGACGGUGGGUCAGGCCGAGCUGCUGAUGAGGAAGAAGAUGAAGCAGUACCUGGGACUGGUGACUGGAGCCGAGGACAUGACUGACGGCGGAAACACCACCGCUGAAGACCUGCAGGGAUUCUGGGACCUGGUGUCAAUCCAGGUGGACGAUAUGAAUCAGAAAUUCAAAAAUCUCGAGGAAUUGGAGCGCAACGACUGGAAACAACAGCACCAGGUCCAGCCGACCAUGAACAAGAAGAGGGGAGGAAAGAAGAGGCCGUCCAAGACGGGCUCGUCGGCUAAGACAGGUGGCGAGCUGUCAGAGAGACAAGCGGCUGCCAGAGAGAGACGUAGCGCCAUGAGGUCUCGACUGAAGGAGAUGAAGAUGGCGGCCAUGGCCAACAAGACUGCCAGCAGCGAGGAGGGAGAGAGGGAGGAAGACGACCAGACUGGGGCACCGACUGACGGACUGGUGGUGACCGGUGCUGCUAGUGAUCCACCAAAACAGGCCACCCCUCCACCUCAAGAGAGUGACACCAGCUGUAGCAGUGGUAAGAGGAAGAGCACGGGGGGAAAGAGGAGGAGGAGUAGGAGGUGUGGGCAGAGGUCGUCUUUCGCUCUCAUUGACUUUUCCGAGGAUCCCAUUCCUGCUGAGCCACAGACACCUCCCUCCCCACCCUCUCCCUCAGUCACUAAUCCUUCCAUCUUCUCUCCCACUGACACCUCCUCCGACACCAAACCAAGUACAGAGGUCCCUAUUGCUGACCUCCUUAGCUUCACUGCACAACAACAACAAUGUGUCAAACUCCCAUCUCUGAAGACCCCACUCAAUUGGCCACCAAAAGGGAACACUCCCGUCAUCAAUCAACACACCACCACCGCUCCUCAGGAGGGAGCCUCUGUCGUUCAGUUUGUCUCUGUCACUCCCUCCAAGAGAGUCAGGGAGAGGAUGGAAGCUGAUGUCAUCAUGUCGCCAGCGAGGAGGUCCCUGAGAUUAGCCGGGAAAUGUGGCACAGGUGGACCUGGUAGUCAUGGCAACUAUCAGGUCUCAUCACUGAAUGAGCUACCUGAGGGACUGGAAGUCAAGUACCUUCCUAAUAAGGCCCUUUUCUAAUCUUGACACUCUUAAAAGCUGUUUGCUUUGUUCAUCAUCCAUAAUGUACAUAUCACACACCAUUAUAGCUGCUCUUAUCCUGUUAUUGUAGUGUAUGUCCACUAAACCGGCGUAUUGAAGAGAAUGUGAUAAUUAAC